GACGCGUCAUGCCACACUCUUUGGUCUGAUGGCUCCAGAGAUACGCCAAAAGUUCACACAUUUCCAAACAACCCUUCAGGAGUCGUCAGCUUCGUCGCCAAAAUCACAACCCCUCCAGCCAGACACAUGAUACCACUGAACAGAGAAGCUUCCAAGAAUCCCCCAUAUUUAUCCAGCAGCACCCCGUUGACCGGUGGCCCAACCAAGAUGGCGAUAGAACCAACGGCCAAACCCAUCCCAAUGUAAGUCCCCAAGUUCUGCGGAUUAGUCGUGCAAGUUGAAAACGCAGCCGAGUUCGCCGACACAAUCGUGCCCGAUGCCAACCCAAUAAACACAGCAUACACCACCAACCCAGCCGUAUCAGUAGCCUUGGUCAAGCACAGGACCACAAUCCCCGUCGACAAUGACCCAAACCCGUAGAUAUUCAGUUUCCCAUAUUUGUCGGCCAGAAUUCCUGGUAGGAUCCUCCCAAAUGUCGAUGCUCCAUUCACGAUAGCCAGCAAAUACGACGCCAAGAUCUUGUCCAUCCCCUUCGACACCGCAUACGAGGGCAGAAAAAACAACGGUGUAAACAUCCCUAGCAAUACAAAGAACCCGGCAGCGACCAACCCCACAAAUCUCAGCUCUGUAAACGCUGACCAUAGGAAGAACUUCGUCUCUCUCGGCGGCAACCUCGCCCUCAGCGAAAAGCAACAGAACACCAUCAUAGGCGCCACAAUGAACCCUAUCACCCUAACCGACCACCCGAACCCCAGACUGGUAUCAUUCAACAUCUUUCCCAAAGCAAUAGGGAAGACAAUACCUCCAAUGCUACUCCCGCUAACCACCAACCCCAACGCUGCAGCCCUCUUCUUGUCAAAAUACUGUGACACGACCGCAAAAGCAGGGACUUGUAUCAUUGCCGACGCUAAUCCCGUCAAGACCCCCUGAGCGAGCAUGAACUGAUAGUAUUCUUGACACAAACUCGUCAUCAUGAUGGCCAAGACGUAGAGGAUAGCUCCGAUACGGAUGACCCAUGUCCCAUAACGGUCAAAGAGUGGGCCCGAGAUAGCCCCAAAGAGAAACUGCAUGCAUGCCGUGACAGAGCCGAUCCAGGAUAUUUGAUCGGGGGUAUGCGAUGAUAGCUGGUGGGUUCCAUAGUAUUGGAGAAAGAUACCGAAGGAGUUGACGAUGCCGAGGCAAGAGAAGAAGAUGCAGGCUGCGCCGAGGGCGACGAACCAGGCGCGGGCGCCGCCGUCGGGGGCUGGGCCGUAGAGGUCGGUGAGUGUGGGAGGUGUAGAUUCGGAGGUCUUUUCGAGGUCUCGAGGUUGGUCGGGUAUGGGUAGCUUUUCAGAGCUGCUUCGGGAGGAUGUGCUUUGAGAGGGAGCCGGGGGUUGGCCUGAGUCUACCAUUGUGCUGAGAGAUUGCUGUUGGUACCAAGUUAGAGAAACCAAAACGGUAACCAACAGAAUGCGACAAGUGUAGAAAAGAAACCCAAGGCACCGGUGCCUGUACCAGCAUUUCCCCUAGGGGAUGCCGAGACAUGUUUUUAUAUAAACGCCGAAGAGAAUAGUUGAAUAAGUCGCCGAAUGUGGAUAAGGCCGGGCCGGAGAUAAAAAUCGCGGACUCGGCAUAUUGGGUUGGGUGAGCGAGGCCUGGACCAAUGACGUCGGGCUGUUGGCUCCGAAGGAUUGAAUUUCCCGAGUGAAUUUCCUGAGUCCUCGGUCGAAUGUGAUGUGAAAUUCCCGAAAUCUGUCAAAGAUGUCGGAUAUUGUCUUUUAUCAACAGAAUUUGCCGGCAGAUUGAAUCGAGAUGGAGCAUACUGGCCAAGGUGGUGCUGUUCGACGACGGAGAAGACCUGCCGUCUCCUGCAUCACUUGCAGAAAACGUAAAAUCCGCUGUGAUCGGAAGGCGCCAUGUGGAAACUGCCUCAAGUCGAAAGGCUCCAGUUGCUCUUACCGUGACCCUCCCCUCUCUCCUCCAAAGGCCACCACUCCCAGAAGUGCAACCUCGCUGCCAAAUGACUGUGUCGACGAUGAGAACGACGAACUCGAUGUGGCCAGCUGUUUCUCCAUCACUACUCCUCCAACGCCACCAUCUCUUGUUAACACGACUAAUCUGGGCAUCGCUGGCACAUUUCACAUUCACCAUGAGUCCCGCCAGGGACAACCGAACGUCGGUGCCUUCAGCAUAGCACACAAGACCCGCUACUUCGGCCAAAGCCACUGGGUCAACAGCAUUACCCUGGUUCGAGACUUAUUUGCGAUCCUUGAGCCACACUUCCGCAACAAUUCUUCUCCCAUCGUCGGGUGCAUGCUGGAAUGCAAAGGUCUGGCAAAGACAUUGAAGUCUCGAGUGCUCCCUUGUUGGCCGUAUGAACCACUCUUCGACGUUCCGCCAGACCACGACGAUCUGUUACGGAACUACAUCUCAACAUCAGAAAGCAUCUUUCGUGUGAUGCAUAUUCCCUCUUUCACUAGAGACUUCCAUGCUCUCUGCACAUCGCCAACUCCGCCGACUAAUGCGGCCUUCAUUGUUCAAGCCAAGCUUGUCUGUGCCAUAGGUGCGACUCAUACUGACACGGUAUUGCGACAAGAAGCCACACAAUGGGUACAAGAUGCACAAAUAUGGCUCUCCAAGCCGGACUUCAAGCAUCAACUUUCCCUUCAACAUCUUCAAUCCCAUAUGCUGUUGCUUCUCGCCCGCAAAGCUGUCGGUGUAGCGGAAGACAUGAUUUGGAUCUCGGUUGGCUCGCUCCUCCGCACAGCCAUGUACAUGGGCCUGCACCGCGAUGGUGUCAUUGGAACAUCCCCUAAUACAAACCUGUUCACCUCAGAAAUGCGCCGCAGGAUCUGGAACACUAUCCUUGAGCUAUCUGUCCAGUCCAGCCUGAACUCUGGAGGUCCUCCCUUGAUAUCUCUCCAAGACUUUGACACAAAGCCUCCAUCCAACUUGAAUGAUGAGGACUUGCAUUCGGACCAAGCAAUCCCCAAAGCAGACGGAGUAUUUACCUCUACAGCAAUUUCCCUCGCCCUUCGAAAGACACUCCCAGUACGCCUCGCCAUUGUCAAAUUUCUCAAUGAUUGGUCUUCACUAGGCGAUUACCCAACCGCUUUGAAGCUUGAUUUUGAUUUCAGAGCAGCAUACACACUUCUGGCCAAGUUCCUAUCGCACGUUUCUCACUCCAGCAAUGCGCCACUCACAAACGUGAACCGCGAAGCUGUCGUGAACCACAUCAAUCUCCUGCUUAGACGCCACCUUCUCGCCCUCCAUCUACCUUUCUUUCUCCCCUCUCUAUCCAGACCAGAGUUUGCUUUUUCCCGGGUGGUUGUAGUAGAUACAGCACACCGUAUCUGGCGAGGUGUCUUUUCUACUUCAGAUAUUGGCGCAAGCAAUGUCGCCAAAUCAUCCGCUUGUUUUCGGACCGUUUCCAUGCAAGUUAUCAUCGUUCUGUCAACUCAUCUUCGAACGCAAGCUUCCGACCCAAUUUCCGGGGGCAUGGUUAGAGAAGACUUGGUGGCGAUACUUGAGGAGGCAAAACAGUGGACGUGGAGGUGUAUUGAAGGAAGGGAGACGAAUGUUAAGGGGUAUCUGUUCGCUUGUUUAGUGAAGGCUAAUGUGGAUGCUAUGAGGGAAGGCUUGACCGAGCCUGCGGUGGUGAAAAGGAGUCUUGAGGCGGCAGAAGAGGCUAUUCGUAAGGCCCGAGAGGUAUUGAAAGAACGAUUGCGAGCCUUGACGAACAUGGAGCCAUCGUGCGGGGCCGCAACGGUAUUGGGGAAUCAAGGUGAGACUGUUGAUAUAUGUGACGGUAACAAUGAAUGGGAGCAGCUUCCACAGACCUUUGACUUUUUCGGGGGCAGUGAUGAUUUACAAGGUGGAACGGGGAUGAUGUUGGCGGAUGGGGAUAAUUGGUUUCUAGAAUUUGGAAACGGGCUUCUUGUUUGA